AUGGUCACGAAGUCGGAUGAGUAUGCCGACCCCCUACCAGAAGGCGAGGAGGAGGAAGGCCUACACGCCAUGCUAGUCGUCCGAUGCGUCGGAGGUCGCGCUAACGUGAUCGAGACAAACGAGAUCGAUAAGGAUCAGUUGAAGAAAGAAGUCUUCGAUGGCCCAUACCACUCUGUCUUCGGCGACAGGGUGAAGACAUUAGGCAAGCCCUACCGGGAGAUCAUCGUGUACGACAAAGAUCAGAUUUAUCCUGAGUAUCUUGUACUUUACGAGAGGCUGUUCAAAAAAUGA